AUGGAGCGCCCCAUCCUUUCCUCGCCGCGGCUGCCGCGUCCACAAACCCUUCUCACCAGCGACCAGAUUUCUCUCUCAACAAUCCACACCAAUAUCACCACGACAGAGGACAGUGACGACAGUCACAACGACCAAGACGCCCCGCCACUUCCACCCCUCCCAAGCCCCUCCUCUCACCAUCACACCUUCCUGCAACCAAACACCCCACAACAUCCCGCCCACAACGCUGACCUCGAUCCAACUUCCCUUCCACCUCUCCCGCAAGACCCCACCUCAAGCUACAGCGAGAUCAUUCGCUUCCGUCCGCCCCGCAGUGACAGUAUCUACCAGCUGCACGACUAUUCUUCCUCGCCUGUGGGUCCAGCAGAAGAUGAAAUAAGCCGAGAUGGUAGAGGUGGUGCUGCUGGAGGCGUGCCGCCGGUUCCCCAGCUGAACUGGCCGCUACCUGCCAGCGCGCCGGAGAAUAUGCGCGGAGCAGUUCCAUCAGCAGCGACGAUUUCCGGCCCACAGGGAGGACUUGCGCGAGAGGCGCCGAGUAUGACGGCGCUGCCGCCCGUGGUCAUGACGGAGAUCUAUCGGCCGAAGGUUCGGGUCGAGGCGGCCGCGAAGGUGAAGGGGAGCGGAGUUCGGGUCGACGCGGAGAAGUCGGCAGCGAUGAGAAGCGGGCAAGUCACUGCCCACACCGAUGGAACCACCGACGCGCCGUGGUCGACCUCGCCAUCUCUCGGUCGCCGCGUGCGCGCUUUCUUCUCCAAGCUCCGCCGCUUCGGGCAUCGACGCUCAGAUCGUCGGGCUACUGACAUAGGCGACACAUCCACGGAUGAUGGCAACCAAAAGGCCGCUUCUGCACCUGCACCUGCAUCUGUAUCUGCAUCUGCAUCGGCCAACAAAAAGCUCCAUAAACGGCCACCACGACACAGCGACUCACUCCUCCCGACCAGCAGCCACGCUCCUCCCACGACGUCCGGCUCCGGCUCCGGCAAAAUCACAAAUCGCGACGGCAGCACCACCGAGUACACAACGGAAGUGACCACAGACCUCGACGCGGCGGCCGCCUCAGACGACGAAAUGGACAUCUUCGAAGCCCUGCGCAGCCCGCCGCCCUCGCGCGAAGCCACGCUGCCGACGAUCCCGUCGCUGCCGCGCAUCCCGCGCUAUGUGGCUCGCGAGGCUGGCUCGGGGCGUGUGAGGCCGAGUUCGAUGGCCGUCGCCGUCGCUGUUGCCGGUACUGAUGCUGGCGCUGGCUGUGGGGUUGGUGCUGGUGGCGCUGCCUCCAGGCCCGCCGACAGAAAGCAAGAAGCGCGCGCCGAAGCCAGCGGCCAUGCGACAUCUAUAGCCACCAACGCUGGCAAUAACGCGUCUGCAGUCCCAGUCCCAGCCCCAGCCCCAGCCCCAGCGCCGGUCACGCCGCCACGCCGCACCUUCAUCUCCGCCGAGGAGGCCUGGGCGCUGCAGCAAAAGGACGCGGUGCUGCGCGCGGAGACGCGCAGACUCGAGGAGGAGAAUCAGGCGCUCAAGGCGCAGAAAUUGAGGCUCGAGGGGGAGAUGCGGGUGUUGGAGGUGGAGAAGGCGGGAGGGGUUUGA